UUCCCUACAGACGAAGAAUGGAUUGAAUUUUUGGGCAACUGGAUUACUGUAAUAAAAUCUAAAACAGAGGAAGAUUUUAAUGAAAAAUGGGAAGAAUUGAUGAAAAAAUAUAAUAAGAAUCUAUCAAUUGUUAAGUAUCUGCAGGACACAUGGUUACUAUUAAAAAAACAUUUUGUGAGUCUUUGGACAGAUCGUUACUUGCAUUUGGGUAAUGUAACCACAUCACAGGUAGAAGAGUCCCACGCAAUGCUAAAAAAGUAUCUUCAAGUGUCGACAGGUGAUCUUCAUGUUGUUUAUGAAAGAAUCUCUUUAGCAUUGGAAAAUCAACACCGGGAAAUUCAAACUAUGAUUUCUCAAGAGAUGAUUCGAAUUCCUCAUGCUCAAGCUAAGCCAUUAUACUUACAGGUCAUUACCAAAGUUUCUAUAUUUGCAUUGAAAAAAGUGCAUGAGCAAUUAUUAAAAGUAUCCUGUGCGACUUUAAAAAACCCAUUACAACUUUGUAGUGGUACUUUCGCAUCAUCAAUGGAAUAUCAAUUGCUUCCACAAAUACCAAAUAAAACUGAAGAUCCUUUACAACAAUGGUGGCAAGAAUAUGAGCAGAUAUUUGAUACUUGGCCAAUUAAUCAACAAUUAGCAGCUCUAGAUAAAAUGUCAAAUUUAUUUGAAGAGCCAGCUAUAGUAAUUCAAAAUCCGCAGGUGUAA